AUGUCUGGCGCCAUCUCUACAAGCCGCGAUGAAGCUGAAAGACGGUCGUCCGUAUAUCAGCGCCCGAUGAAGGACCAGCUGCGGGAAGACGACUGGACUGGGCCGCCAUUCACCGCUAUCUAUGCAGGUGUGGCAGUUCGAUUCCACCUCAUGACCGGAGCGACUCUUGCCCUCGCCGUGCGUGAUGACACCUACCCGCUGGACUUUGCUCAAUUUGAGUUCCCUAGUGGCAGUCGUCGAGAUGGUUGGGCCGGGUUCACGGAGUUCGUCUUAGAGAAGGUUAGAGACUACCAGGAGGAGCACAGCCAAAAGUUCGUCGGUUUAGCAAUGUCGAACGAUCUGUGCGAACAGUCUCCUGAUCUCUGUUCGCGCCUUUGGGCUGAGCUAGAUAUCAUCCCGAUCGUGCUGCACAGCUCGGAGGAGAAAGUAAGCUGGGGACUAUACGAAGAGAACUUGGCUCAUAAGUCUUUGGACGAACACGCCGAAUCAAUCGCAAGGAAAUGUAUCAGGUUCUUCGGCCCUAGCCAAGCUCCCAUUCCAGAGGUCGGUGUCCGAGGCCUUGUUGAGGUCGACGCCGCAUUCCACGUAAAAUUGACCCGGCUUGGAGAUUAUGAAAAGACAGUGGGGGCCCCGACGUGGGCGGCAAUCAAUAAAUAUGCCAGUGAUCUAAAGAAACGCAGGGUAAAGAUAGCUUUCUUCAGUGCUACUCCACAAGGAGGUGGCGUUGCCCUAAUGCGCCAUGCCAUGGUUCGGUUUGCAAAGGUACUCGGUGUCGAUCUUAGGUGGUAUGUCCCGAAGCCGAGGCCGGGUAUCUUCCGAAUUACGAAGAACAACCAUAAUAUCCUGCAAGGUGUCGCACCUAUCGGCACUCGAUUUACUCAGGAUGAUAGGGACCUCCUCUAUGAUUGGGUUCUUGAGAAUACGGAAAGGUACUGGUUGAAGGGGACGAGAUUUCAUGCUCCCCAGUGGUUUGAGAGUUUUCACUCUUACGCCUAUCCGUUACUCCGGGAACAUGGACCGCCACCUCCCCCUUGGCAACAAAACAACGGCCCUUUAAUGCCACCGUGGGAGGGUGGUGCGGACGUUAUCAUCAUUGACGACCCGCAGCUGCCAUGGUUAAUUCCGCUCAUCAAGGCGCAAACUCCUGGCCGGCCGGUCAUUUUCCGUAGUCACAUCCAGCUUCGGAGUGAUCUCAUUGACACGCCUGGCACACCGCAGGCCGAGACCUGGAACUUCUUGUGGGACGCAAUCAAGCAAGCAGACCUCUUCAUCAGCCAUCCAAUACGCGCCUUUGUCCCGGAGAAUGUGCCUUCAGGAAUGCUUGGAUAUCUGCCAGCUUCAACAGACUUGCUGGACGGACUCAAUAAGCCAAUGACUGACUGGAUCACCAGUUAUUAUGGGCGGAUCUUCAACUCGAAGUGCCGGGAGCGGUACAUGCCGAACAUCGCAUUUCCAGAUGAGGACUACAUCAUACAAGUUGCGCGAUUCGACCCUUCAAAAGGGAUUGAAGAUGUCCUUGCUUCCUACGAGGCGUUCCACAAACGUCUCGUUGGAGCACAUCCAGACAUUAAACCCCCUAAACUGCUCAUUUGCGGACAUGGAUCCGUCGAUGAUCCAGACGGUUCGAUUGUUUAUGAGGCUGCCUUAAGAUUCGUCAAGCAGCAUCUCGAGCAUAUCCAGUCGCUGAUCUGUAUUAUGCGCAUCGGCCCCAGUGACCAGAUCCUUAACGCUCUUCUAUCCAAAGCAAAGAUAGCCCUACAGCUCUCCAUCCGUGAGGGGUUUGAGGUCAAAGUAUCCGAAGCGCUGCACAUGGGCAAACCGGUAAUUGCUACCCUAGCCGGCGGAAUCCCGCUGCAAGUCCAGCAUGGCAAGAACGGGUUCCUCGUUGAUACCGGUGACACGGAAGCGGUAGCUAACCAUCUCUUUGAACUCUGGAUGGAUCAUGAACUGUAUAAUCGCAUGAGCAGAUACGCGGCGACCAGCGUUAGUGAUGAGGUGAGUACUGUGGGCAACAUGUUGUCGUGGCUGUACCUGGCAUCGGAGUUGUCGAAAGGCGUGAACAUUCGGCCUAAUGGACGCUGGAUCAACGACAUGGCUCGUGAGGAGGCGGAUGAAGCGUAUGCUCCAGGGGAAAACCGGCUUACGCGGGAGUUUUCGGCAAACGCAGCUAAGUGA